AUGAAAGCAGUUAAAAGGUGGAGUCUAGGCAACUUAGGGGAUAUGGCGACUUUGCCUGGAGCUAGAUACCGUGCUCCAGCGAGAAGACGAGUAUGGAUCAUCAUGGUGCUUUCACUCAUAAGCAUGUUCUUUAUCAUAGCUUACAUGUAUCCUCAUCACAGUAAACGUGCUUGUUAUAUGAUUUCGUCGAGAGGAUGUAAGGCUUUAGCUGAUUGGCUUCCACCUUCUUUGAGGGAAUAUUCAGAUGAUGAGAUUGCAGCUCGCGUAGUUAUUAGAGAAAUAUUGAGUUCACCUCCUGUUAUUACAAGGAAUUCCAAAAUUGCAUUCAUGUUCUUAACUCCUGGUACUUUGCCUUUCGAGAGGCUUUGGGACAGAUUUUUCCAGGGCCAUGAAGGGAAAUUCUCUGUUUAUAUCCAUGCGUCAAAGGAAAGGCCAGUUCACUACAGUCGUUACUUUGUCAACCGCGAAAUUCGUAGCGAUGAGGUUGUGUGGGGAAGAAUAUCAAUGGUUGAUGCAGAGAGACGGUUGUUGGCUAAUGCUCUUAGGGACCCUGCAAACCAGCAAUUUGCUUUACUCUCUGAUAGUUGUGUACCACUUCGAAGUUUUGAAUACAUUUACAAUUACCUGAUGUACAGCAAUGUCAGCUAUGUUGACUGCUUCGACGAUCCAGGUCAACACGGAUCAGGCAGGCAUAUGAAUCACAUGUUGCCUGAAAUUCCAAAGAAGGAUUUUCGAAAGGGUGCACAGUGGUUCACCAUGAAGCGACAACACGCUGUAGCAACUAUGGCAGACAGUCUUUACUACUCUAAAUUCCGGGAUUACUGCGGGCCAGGUAUAGAGAACAACAAGAACUGUAUAGCUGAUGAACACUAUCUACCGACAUUCUUUCAUAUGCUCGAUCCCACUGGCAUUUCUAACUGGACUGUAACACAAGUUGAUUGGUCUGAGAGAAAGUGGCAUCCCAAAACAUAUAUGCCUGAAGAUAUUACACAUGACUUACUAAACAACCUCACGUCUACUGACACAGUUUUACAUGUCACAAGUGUUGGGAUGGGUGAGGAAGUAUGGAUGCCUUGUAUGUGGAACGGAAUCAAAAGACCAUGCUACUUGUUUGGAAGGAAAUUUCACCCGGAUACACUCGAUAAACUGUUGGAUCUCUUCUCAAAUUACACAAGCUCGAUCACAUGGCAUUCGUGA